AUGACUACGCAAUCCAAUACUGGAGCACUGGAUGCAACUACAUUGGCCGGCUAUCAGGAGGCGUUUGAGGCCCAGCCUGCUCACCAGUUGAUGCAGAACGUGGUUACCCAGCAUGACGUCAACGAUGUUGCGCUAAACCGCAACAUUGUUGCGGAGGCAACUCAUACCUUUUCCACGACCCUGGAUGAAUGGGGAGUGACCAACCAGGCCAGGUCCGGUCGCUGUUGGAUGUUUGCCGGCCUCAACCUCUUCCGCUCCGAAACCAGGAAUCUGCUGAAAGUGAAAGAGUUCGAGUUUAGCCAAAGCUACGUGAUGUUUUGGGACAAGAUGGAGAGGGCCAACUACAUCUUGGAAGCCGUAAUCGAAACCGCAGACCGGCCCAUAGACGACCGGGUGGUGGCCUGGUUGUUGCACCAGCCACUGGGCGACGGCGGUCAGUGGGACAUGUUUGUCAGCCUGGUCAAGAAGCAUGGGGGUAGUCCCCAAGACCGUCAUGCCUGA